AUGCCCCGCGGAAUACUUGGCUGUCUGCUCACGCUUGGAGCUGGGUUCGGCAUAUAUACCUCUGGCUGCCUGGCUACAGCAGUCUCCCGUCAGCAGUGUCAGGCGACGCUCGACACGGCAACUACAGUGGCCAAUCGUCUACAGUCUGCUUACUAUAGUUCCACCACCGGAAAUUACAACCAAGGAUCUCUCUGGACUGAUGCAAAUGCAGUCGAAGACCUGCACAAUCUCAUGCUCGCUGCGGGAACUACCACUUGGGCCAGCGUCGGCAAUACAUCCCGCAUCGGUCGCGCCGCGCAGAACUCGAAUACGAACUGGCAGUCGAUUCUAGGCGGCAGCAAUGAUGACGCACAGUGGAUUAUCUUAGCUCUAUGGAAGAUUGCCGAUUACAGGGCGGCGCAUUCCCAGUCAAUCGAUGCGUUCAUGAGCGCUGCUGGAACAAUAUACAACUUCAUCGCAGGUCAAUGGGAUAACACCUGUGGCGGUGGCGGUAGGUUGUUCCUUCUGACAUCUGCCUCGGGCUAUCUGAGGACUGGAAACCAAACGUAUCUGGAUAAUGCCAACAAGGCGUGGAACUGGCUGAGCCAAUCUGGCAUGCGCAAUGCCGAUGGCCUGUGGAACGACGGGCUUGUCCUUGCUACCUGCAAGAAUAACGGUCAGACGACAUGGACGUAUAAUCAGGGUGUGAUCGCCUCGGGCUUGGGAGCGCUCUACGCUAUCACUGGCAACGUGUCUUUGCUCGAUGCCGCUGAAAUCACAUUUGCUACUAUGGCCCAUCUGACCGACAACGGCAUACUCAAGGAGUCGUGCGACGACGCUACCAGUUCUUCGUCCUUAACCACAACAAUGGCUCGUGAACAGCAAAUAUUCAAGGGAUUGUGGACAAAGCACGUCCAGUACUACCUCGAUCAGGCCAACGACGCCGCUCGGACCGCGAAGUAUAGUGCUUUCCUCGGCGCACAAUCAUCUGGUGCGUUUCAUUACGGAAAGAACGCCAAUAACGACGUGGGUUCGGUCUGGUACGCGCCCGACCAAGGCGGCUCCAUAUUCUCCCCUGAAGCGUCGUCGAGUGGCCUGGAAGCUUUUGUGUCUGCAGCCAAGGUGAGGAGGGCGAGAUGA